AUGAACUCCAGUCAUCCUUUCCAUAAAGGACACUCUCUCUCCAAGGAGCAGUCUGUUAGUUCAUUUCGUCCAAGUUUGUCUUGUUCGGCUUCAACUCCUUCCAGUGAUCAUACUACAACAAAAGUUAAUGAUACCUCCAGAGGGGUUUUAAAUAAUCAUGAUCAUGCCACACCCACAAUGGUUCCACCUUCUAAUUCUUCAAGUGCUGCUCUUCAUCCCCAGUCAACAACGCAGAAUCUUAACAGUAGUUCUACCGGUACUGCUCAGCAAAAGUUUUUUCAAUUAAUCCUCAACAAAGUAAACAAGAUUUUGCUGACUCAAAAGAAUCAUACACAGUUGCUGAAUCGACUUGUAGCCCACUCUGGGAUUGAGGGACCAACCACUCCUCGGCCUAGUGGCUGGCCUGAGAAACUUCCUCUACAGGAUGAAGUACAAUUUUUUGCCUGGGAAAGAUUUUUGCGCUCCAACUCCAAUUAUGACUAUGCUGUUAAUUAUUUUAGCAACGCUGUUUGUGAUAAAACAUUUGAAGCCUGUACUAGACAGAUCCUAAUUGAAUUAAUUUCAAAGAGCUUAAAGCAUCACCUAAAUUGGAAAGGGACAGAAAAGAAAUAUGGAAUUAAGGAUACGCGGACUGGCCAACUAGUUUUUGGUUUGUACUUUUAA